AUGCUCUCCGCGCUCCUCGCCCUGCCCGCCUGGAAUCCCGGCCACGACGCGUGCCCAACGGUCACAACCGUCGGCUCGGCCGACUUCAGCCUCGCCGAGUGGGUGCGCAAGAGCUGGUUUAUUCAGGAGCAGCAGGUGCUCGACUUCCAGCCGGUGACCUCCAACUACUGCGUCGCCGCCACGUACAAUCUGGAGGGCAAGACGGUACCAUUCUUCAAGGGCAAGGUGGCGACGGUGUACAACUACGCCAACAACGACCAGGCGCGCGGCCUAGCCGUGGCGGAGGUGAACGGCCCGCUGACAAACGCCAAGAACAUGACGCUCUGCGCGCGGGCCGUCAACACAACCGACUCGUCUCGCCUCGCCGUCGCGCCCUGCCUUUUGCCCAACAUCUUAGCCGGGCCGUACUGGAUCCUGGGCAUCGGCAAGGCGGCCGACGGGAGCUACGACUGGGCGGUCGUCAUCGGGGGGCAGCCCGACGUGAAGUGGGAGGACGGCUGCACCACAAAGGAGUCGGGCGUAAACAACGCGGGCCCGCGGCCCUAG